AUGCAUCAUAAGCGCCGACUCACCGUGCAACCGGUCGACGCGGCUCGCUUCUGCGGAGACAACAACAUCGCGGUGGUAUCGUUCUUGAACGGCAUAAACCACCUCGUCGCCUGUAACCCUGCGGCGGCGGAUCAGGACGAGCAACUGCCCCUGCCGUCGCGUGUGGUGGUGCACGCGUACGCGGGCGCGCAGCUGGCUGACGCAGCCUUGAGGACUCAGGAGGAGUGUGUCGAGGAAGCAGCCGUCAACCCUGGUGCCGUUGUAGCUUGUCGCGUGACGCCGCUGCGAACCUCGAGGACAAGUCCAACGACUAAUCACCUUGUGCAGGCAGAGGGACCGACGAAAAUUGUCUUCUUCUGCGGCUGCCAGCGGCUGGCUGAGGUGAGCAUCGAUGACGGGGCCGCGAGUAAGUGUUCGCUUCCCUUGAAGCUGCGCUGGUGCCCCAUGCAGUGCUUCCGUGUUGAAUCUGAAGACUCCGUUAAGGGUGUGGUGGUGCUGGACAUGGCUGCCUUCCUGAAAGAUCAGCACACUCUCUGUACCUGUACUCCGCAGCUUGGCAAGCUACAGACGCUCUGCUUCGAAGAAAAUGCGAUCUGCUGCUUGGGCCCUGGUCGUCCUGGUCACGCUGAGGUGACUGUCAUACUCAGCAACGGUGUAGCGGUGGUGUGCGGUGUGCAGCCAGCGGCACCGACGCUUGUGAUGACUACUGCUGAACCGUAUGCUGAGGCGGUGGCGGGGCCGUCUGCUUCAGGGGCGCCCCGACAGACCUUCCUCGCGGCGAAUGACCGCAGUAGCUUUCACGUACUGCGUACUCUUCAGCUCCCCUCUCGUGUAUCGCCGUCUGCAACUCCGCUGCGUGUGGCAUGGAGCGGCGCGACAACACUGUGGGCGGUGUACUCGGACGGCUGCGUCGUGGCACUGCAGUGCGGUGAGAAGAGAGAGAUCGGCAGCGGCGCCGAGAGCAAUGAGGAGCUGCAGCAGCCAUCGUCGGUAUCUGCGGGCGCCGGCGGAGAAAGCCAGGCCUGGAACUCUAUGGUCGUGACACAGGUUCUGGAGGCGCAGCUGAUGGCCACCUGGCCCCAAAACAGCGACAACAACAAGCUGGUCAUGGAGGAGGUGCAGAUCCAUGCCGACCCUCGUGCACCGGUCCUUCACUUCGCCUUUGCGACAAAGGACGCUGUUGGCUCAGGGCGGCAGCACCUGCGUUACGGUACGGUGCGCCUGCAGGGGGUGUCGCCCGUCGCACAGCUGCAGUGGCGGCAACAUCAAGUUUGCUACAACGAGCAGCUCUACGGUGUACGCUUUGAGCGAGGUCAGUUUCACAUUCUCUCGCAAAGCGCACGUGGCACCGGGCCCCUGUACGUCGUGACCCUUCUCACAGACAGACCUGUUGCGUCCUCUGCCGCUGUUAGUGCUGCAUUCAGCGCGCCGUCUUUGGCGAUGACCAUCAUGCAGUGUGCCGAGAGCGAGCUGAGCAGUCACUGUUGUAGCUGUGCAGCUCUACUGAAGGAGCUUCAGGCCGCCGCUCAGCAGCUGACAUGUGAGCAAGAUGCUGAAUUGUUACUGCAUCGACUCAUGCAGACUCAGCACGCCCUCUACGCUCUCCUGAUUCGGCAGCAGCAGUGUACAGGUGUAACAGACUUGGCAGCUAGUGAGAGCUUGCCGCACCGACUGCUGCUGCGUGCCGCUCAGCUGUUUCGAGAGCACUCAGCGUACACCUUGUUUCUGCACCUUGGCAUCAUGAACACCGUAUUGAAGCCGUUGAAAGACGUGCUGCAGCUCAGCGAGGCGACAGCGAUGAUGGAGGUGGCCCAGUCUGAGUGGAAGUCACUGAUGCGCGACACCUUUCGCCGCGAAAGUGUCUAUCAAAACACCGUUUCGGAGCUGGCGAUGUGGCAAGCGGCAACACCGCUCUGUGUUGAGGUGCUGCUUGACAAGCUGGGCCUGUGCGCUUCGGAUGCGUCGCUCACCAUGGCGUCGGUGCUCGCCAGGAUGGACACUGUCACGCCCGACAUGGCGCUCUUCAUCCUCUACUACAGCUACGUGGGCUUGGAGCAUCGGGCUGUGGCGAGUGACGCACAGGCGGUGCCAUCGUCGGCCGAACAGCAGCAGCAGCAGCGACAGUGGCGCGAGUCGUUUUUGCUGCUGUUCGGCAUGCCCGUCGAGCUGAACACGUGGGCCUUCACGUGCUACGCGGUCGAUCACGGGGUCAACCCUACGGAGGCGGCCGAGACCGAGCAGAGGAGCUCGUUUGUCUACGCGUUGGGGCCCGCGGUGGAGCACCUCGGCGCACCUCCGUUUGUAAGGCUGCUGGCGCCCGUCGUGAGCGGCCUCGCCCAUGUUGCUGCGCUUGACGUCUUGCUUCGGCUGAUUCCGACCUGCAUCGCAGUGUACGCCGGUGCUGGCGAGGAUGUUCCGGUCGCAGUGGCGAUGCGGCUCCUCUGCGUGGCGGUGCGCGCUGGUUCGUCACGCAUGAUCGAGGCCCUGUACGAAGUGAUGCGUGGGUCCCCGGAGCUGAUGCACCUGGCAGCUCAGCCGUUGGCCUACGCGGCACUGCACGCGGGCAGUGUGUCUGCGAUGCGUGGGUGGGUGGAGGUUGGGAGCCCGGUGGCGGAGACGAUCGAGCACACUUUGCAGUCCGCUGAGGGGGUUCGCCAGCGCGAGGCCGUGCUAAUCUCCUUUUACAUUCUUCUGCAGCGGUACGAGGAUGCACUGCAGGUGUGCAGCUCCGCCACUCCCGCAGACGCGACGCAGGCGCAGCGGCUUCAAGUUGUGCUAUCGUAUCUGCGAAGUCUACUGUCGGUCUCGUCGAAGGCGUGGGGAGAGCAGAAUCCGACAGUGGUAGCCGACGUCGACCCUCAGCUGCCUGUGGAUCAGGCCUCUGCGUUGCCGCUCUGGCGACCAGAAACGCUGGCAGCCCCGCUGUUGCAGGUGAGCUUCUGCGACUUAGCAGAGCAAUUGGCGAGGGCUGCUUCAUCCGCGGGAGAACACGGCAGCCACAGCGGUGCAGCGGUGGUUGGACUUCGCGGAGCCGCCAGCGCCAGCGGCUCAACAACUGCACCUUCCUCUGGUGCUCUCGGCGACGCCAGUGCUGUGUACCGCUACUCGUAUGGUGCUAUGGGGAAUGGCUUACAGACUCACGCACGACCUCCGCUGUUUCGCCCCUCGACACUGCUCUCGUCUGUCGAGAGAGGAUCGAGGGCUGGCAGCAGUGCAGCCUCGUCCUCGUCAUCGCCGGGCGCGGCCUUCAGUGCUGCUGCUACUGCAGGCCAGUGCUAG